CUUUCUCUUCACGUUUCUCCUUGACUCGGUAAGGGCGGAAAAGACGUAUCGGCUAUGCGGCCGAAACACAGUGCAGAGUGCCCCGAUAAAUUCUACGUUGAUUUUAGAAAUUCAGGAGGUUCGCAGCUUUCCGCGAUUCCCAUCUCUCGUCUAUGAUGACGACAGGCGACAACAACUAGCGGCGUAUGUAUCGCGUUAGGCGAAACUGCAGUGCUCAGUAUUAGUAACGAGUCGGCAUCUCGGCUUGCGUUUAUUAAUAUUUGUUCUAGUCAAUAAAAUUCGAUUAUGAUAAAGAGCGGCGGUGAGAAAAAAAGCAUCGUGGCAUUGGCUUUACGAUAGUCUUUAUUGAACAGUCCGGAAGAGCAGUUCUCUGUUAUCAACAUUGGGAUUGAAUGAGACGGAAAAGACUUAUUUAUCAAUUAGUAAUCUGGCUGUUUUUCAAUCGUAUUAUCAGUUAGCGCAUUAGGCGAGGCUUAAUAUGAGCACGUAAAAUAGAUGAAAUUCACUCAUUGUUAUUGGUGAUUGUUGAAUAGUUAAAUUCGUUGCCAAUAAUUAACAUUGAAUGAUAAACAAUGACUUCAUCUUUCUUAUUUGAGAUAAUUGUCGUAGCGUUUAUACUCUUACUGCCUUUUUUGUAUGAAACUAGUAGGACAUUUCGUUAUUAUUUCAAAUUUCUUAUGUAUUAUGGCACAGUUAUGAUGAAUUCUGUGAUACUCAUACCAGUUAUGAUGUUGCGUCCUCGUAAUGUGAAAAAUUUAUUAUUAGCAUCUUCGAUGUGUCAUCACACGAGCAACUUAUUAGGAUUACGAUGGCAAAUCAGGGGCCGCGAGCAUUUGGAAAAGGAGCGCUCUUACGUUAUAGUAGCUAAUCAUCAAAGUUCCUUGGACAUAUUAGGAAUGUUCGACCUUUGGCCCGUAAUGGAUAAGUGUACGGUAGUGGCGAAGAAAGAAAUUUUUUACGCUUGGCCUUUUGGACUGGCAGCUUGGUUGUGCGGACUUAUUUUCAUUGACAGAAUGAAUUCUGAAAAGGCUAGAACCAUCAUUAACACAGCGGUCAAAUAUUUAAAAAAAAAAAAGAUAAAGCUGUGGAUAUUUCCGGAAGGUACAAGGAGAAAUACCGGUGAAAUUCACUCUUUUAAAAAGGGUGCCUUUCACGUUGCCAUUAAUGCUCAAUUACCAAUAUUACCCGUAGUAUAUUCCUCUUACUAUUUUAUGUCUAAGUCGGAGAAACGCUUGGAUUCUGGACGUGUAAUAAUUACUGCAUUACCUCCUAUUUCGACCGAAGGAUUAGAAGUUAAGGAUGUUCCCGAUUUAAUGGAGAAAACUAGAUCAUUAAUGACGCAAGCUUUUCACUCGACAAAUCGAGAAAUACAAUUAUCGUUGGCAUCCAAAAAACAAAAUGUACGGUAGAAUAUAAUAGAUUAGCGCAGCUUUGGCUUGCUGGUAACGAUACACGAAAGCAGUAGCUAAUAUUAUUCAGAUUUAUACUAUUUUUUAAAUUUCAAUAGCCUAUCGUUUAAAAAACAAAAAUUAAUGUUAAUUGAA